AGGUAACAGCUUGUGGUGGGUUGUAUGCAGUUCGAGCUUGUUCGUUAAACUCCUAUAGUGAUACCUUUCAGUAGCGCGAAGUUUCAAGGGAGCGACUCUUUUAAUUUAUUGUUCAAAAAUUACUCGUUGCGAAUUAACCUACACCUGUGUUCAUCCUCUGAGGCUCUGUCUACGCGUGGUUAGAGAUUUUUUUAAAAUUGAGUGGGGGGAGGGGCACUGGCAAUGUUCAGUGUACAGGGUGAUCCAAAAGUCCCGCACCCCCUGCGCCAAGAAUCACCCCUGUAACUUUCCAAUAAAUUGAGAUAUGGAGAUGCGAAAUUUUAAGAGUGGUCAAAGGUCACAGGGAAACGAAGGUGGGGAUCCCCCAAGAUUGUAAGGGGACCUCCGUGAAAUGGGGCAUAACCCCUAGGGGUUAUACGGGUGGUGCAAAAGGGAGAAUCACCCUGUAAACAAGCCCAGUAUUUUUAAAUCCUGAUGAGAUUUUCAUGACAGCAAUGAUACAGACGAGGCUUCUCGGCAACUGGUGUUACCUAUUUGUAUGCUGGGUGCUGGUGAUUUUCCAUGGAAUUCGAUCAUAUUCUUGCCGCACGACCACCCAUCAUCCAGAUGCGAGAGAAGAGCUUCAUAGAGGGACGGGAUCAGGCCAUCCGCUGACGAACGAAACGCUGAAGGAAGAAUUUUUGGAGACUCAAAAGUUGGCUAGCAAGACGAUGAGACCGGAAAAAAGUCCCGAAAACAGGAAUACAGGAUCAACAGAGGGGUUCAUUAACCAUUUCCUACAAAUCGUCAAUCAAGACCACUUCAUCGACAAAAGUCUCCUCAUCGAGGCUCUAUUCGACAAUAGCUCGGCGUUGGAGCCUAUUUUAAUAACCGCCCCACCGGGAUUCGGCAAAUCUGUGAACCUCGCGAUGAUCUACAGCUUCUUCAACACCCCCGUGUCCGCCAGCGGGAUCAAAAAACCACCAUCCGAAUCGCCUACAGCCCGAAAAUUCAUCGAUAGAAAACUGAAAAUCACUGGCUGGGCCUCCUUCUCUACCCUCUUCGGCUCCCGCGGGGUUCUCUACUUGGACUUCGAGAAACUGAGCUCGUUCUACAGCCUCCUCGAAUUCAGAUCACGUUUCUACAGCGUCCUCCGUUCUUCUAUCGACAUGCACCCUUUCCUACAGCUUCUGAAGGACACAACGACGAAAAACUUCGUAAAAAGAUGCUACGAUGCGCCAAUCGAGCGGCACAAGAAGCAAUCCAGCCUGAUCGUGUGCUUGGAUAAGUUUGCAAGAAUACUCAACAAGUUUUUCGGAAAUCCGGUUCUAGUAUUAAUAGACGGGGCGACGACUCCACAUCAGUGGAUUUUAUCCCAGCAGGCCAGCAGAGGUGGACCAUGGUUGACGAACGCAGUGAUCCACGAAAUUCUAGAUUUUACUGAAUCGGCGAAAGCGAAGUUGAUUAAAGGGAAUUGGUUUGUGUGGAAAAGCGUUCUCACCGGGGUCAUGAGCUUCGGUGACGAGGACAACCUCUACGCGAAUAAUCUGCAAUACAGGCCAGCUUUAAGGGAUGAAUGCUUGAAACCGUUCUACGGUUUUUUGGGUGAAGAGGUGGACCAGCUGAUCGCCUUACAGCCACCAACAUCCAGGGAUACCCUAAAGAAAAACACAGAGCACUACUUCAACGGCUACCGAUACUUCCACUAUUACCAGGAUCUGUCGGAAGACUCGCUGUACUGUCCACAUCAUAUAAUUCAUUACCUGAUCGAAGGAAAACACAACGAUGGCAAUUUAUCGAAAGCCGAGUUGAGUUCUUACUGGUCGCCGAGGCCCUUACACGACUUCAAGUAUCUCCUCAGCCCGGCCCGUUUCGGGAAGAAGUUCCUGGACUCGUUGGACCCGACGAAGGGCGUCAAAAUUUUCGGCACUACUAAGCUGGACAGCGUGGCGCUGAUCGCUCUAGUGGAGGCAGAGCGUGGGAUUGGCAACCCAGCCGAACACAUCGAAGACGUCCUGUUCUAUAACCUGAUGGAGCAGGGAUUCUACAUCCUCAAAGAGGAGCAGGGUGAUUCUUCCUGGUUGCUCACCGUCCCCAAUAAAGCCGUCGAGUUCGCGAUGCGGGUUUUCGCGGAGCGGAUCGUGAACCCGUUUCUGAUUGGUCCGAGCUGAUGAGUUCUUUCGGUGUGGCGUAGUCAAAAUCUCUGGGCACGUGAUUAAACCGUGCCAUCAAUAUAUCAAGGUCAAGUGCUGUGACUGGUUCAACACUGAAAAAACAACUCCGGCCGUGGGAGCCGCAAUUACGGGCUAUUGUAUAGACAU